GUAACUUUUAAUUUAUGCAGUUUCUGCAAGAUCUGUUGAAUCAUGCAUCCUGUGGAAUAUUAAUUUUAAAUUAAGCAUGAACAUGCAAAAUAGAAGUGUUUAAUUGUAAAUCUGCACUAAUGUACUGUGACUGGAGGAGGAGCUUGCAUGUGCUCUCACAGAGAGGAAGACAGGAUAUGUGUUAACCUGUUAAAGACAAACUUCACAGCAUACACUAGACUCUCAUGGGAGAAACUCUCCUUCUCAUUAUAUGACAUUUAAACACUGCUGGAAGAAUGUUUCAUCUUUUCUCUCUGAUCUUUCUACUUGUGAUUCCCGGCAUUUGUGGCCAAACUUGGAAUGUGAAGUACACAAAUCUUAACAUAUGCGCUCUGAAGGGAUCAACAACACUUCUAUCAGGCAGUUAUACACACCCAAAUGGUCUCACUGUGACAAAGACAUUUUGGACCACAAAUCCAGUUUCUGAAAAAGAGAACACUGAUUUGUCUGAUAAUCCACAUUACAAAGACAGGAUUGAGUACUUCCUGAAUAAAGACCAAAUCUUCUUUCUCAAACUGAGUAACGUGACAGAUCUGGAUGAAAGUAUGUACUGCAUCAAAAUCCUAACAAAUGUGAAAGAUCAAAGAUGGUUGGGUUAUCCUUGUAUUGACCUCAAAGUGACAGAUCUCAGAGUGGAGAUUCCUGAAGAGGUCAGAGAGGGAAAUUCAGCUGUUUUAGUUUGUAAGACCACCUGCAACCUCGGAAACCGUGCUAAUUAUAACUGGUACAAGAACAGCAAACCUUUCUCAGGAUCUCUCAGUACAAAUGAACUCUUGUUGCAGUCAGUCAGCAGUGAUGAUACAGGAAACUACAGCUGUGCAGUGACACAACAUGAACAUCUCCCAUCUCCUGCGGUCACUCUCUCUGUCAGAUAUCCUCCAAAGAAUGUGUUAGUGUCCAUGAGUGGAUCUGGUGAAAUAGUUUUGGGUGAUUCAGUGACUCUGACCUGCAGCAGUGAUUCAAACCCACCUGCUCACAUCUACACCUGGUUUAAGGAGAAUGAAACCUCAUCUGUCGGAUCUGGACAGAGUUACAGCAUCUCCAACUUUAAUUCCAGUCACAGUGGACAGUUUUACUGUGUGGCUCAGAAUCAACAUGGAUCUGAGAGAUCAGCUGCUGUGUCUAUAACAUCUAAAGCUGGCCAGAAUAAAGCUCUGUAUGCAGUGGCUGGAAUUGUGGCUGUACUUGUCUGCAUCUGCAUUGUUAUUGUAGUAACAAAGGUAAUAAGCAGACAGAGAAGAGAUACUGGAGUCAGAGGUGGCAUUUCCAAACAGGAUAACAUCAGUGUAGCAGUGACAGAUCAGAGCAUGCAUACUACAGUGUGUGAUUCACCAACAGCCAAUCAGAAUGAUUUAAUAUACACCAGCAUCACUCACCAAAGACCCAAAGUAUCCAGGCAGGACCAGAUGGCAGGAGAUAAUGAAGAGGUUCAGUACGCAACUGUCCAUCACCACAAGAAUACGGAGAACAAGGGAGUGGAGGCACCAUCUGAGUAUGGAAAUAUUAGGAAUCACAGUUCUGCUGUUUCUUCCAGGUUCGACAGUUUAACACGUCUGUCAAGUUGCUGUUUCUAUCAUUCCUCAUUUGGACUCUGGCAACGAGACUCACUGCAGCACGAGGUUGCUAUGGUGACGUUCAUCAGAAUAUAUCUUCCUCUGAUCUUACUGGUCAUGACUGCGGGUGUUGAUGGUCAGCAGUAUUGGGGAGUGAAUUACAGCCCUUCAUAUGUUUGUGCAUUAAGAGGCUCAUCAGUGAAAAUGUUCUGUACUUUCACAUUUCCUUCCGGUUAUGAGGUCAAAACAGUCUUCUGGACCAAAAGUGUUGUAUCUGUUGGAGAACCACCUGACCUGUGUUCAGACCCAGAAUACAGAGGAAGAGUUCAGUGUUUGAGUGAAAAUAAAGACACUUUCAGUAUCACUUUGAGAAAUGUAACAGAAGCUGAUAAACACAUCUACUACUGCAGAUUUACAUCUAACAGAGGAGAUGUAAAAUGGACAGGGAUUCCUGGAGUUCAGCUCGAUGUCACAGACCUCCAGGUGGAGACACAGCAGAGAGUGAGAGAGGGUGAUUCAGUCACUCUGACAUGUAAAAGCACCUGCACUCUGACUGAAGAAACAACAUUCAUCUGGUACAUUAACAAACAGACAGUCACUAAAGGAACAGUUACAGUGAAUCAGCUCCACCUGCACUCAGUCAGCAGUGAUGAUACACAAUAUUAUAGCUGUGCUGUAAGAGGAAAUGAACAUCUGCGCUCACCUGCAGUUUAUCUACAAGUAGGACUGGUCAGUGAACUGUGGGGAGUGAAUUACAACCCGUCACAUGUUUGUGCAUUAAGAGGCUCAUCAGUGAAAAUAUCCUGUACUAUAAAAUAUCCUUCUGGUUAUGAGGUCAAAAGAGUCUUCUGGACCAAAACUGCAUUUGUAUCUGGAGCAGAACCACCUGACCUGUGUUCAGACCCAGAAUACAGAGGAAGAAUUCAGUGUUUAAAUGAAAAUAAAGACACUUACAGCAUCACUUUGACAGAUGUAACACAAGCUGAUAAACGCAUCUACUACUUCAGAUUUACAACAAACAGAGAAGAUGGAAAACGGACUGGGAUUCCUGCAGCUCGACUUAAUGUUACAGACCUCCAGGUGGAGACACCACAGAGUGUGAAAGAGAGAGAUUCAGUCACUCUGACAUGUAAAAUCACCUGCACUCUGACUGAAAAAACAACAUUCAUCUGGUACAAAAACACACAGACAGUCACUAAAGGAACAGUUACAGUGAAUCAGCUCCACCUGCAGUCAGUCACACGUCAUGAUGCCGGAAACUAUAGAUGUGCUGUUACAGGAAAUGAACUUCUGUCUUCUCCUGAUGUUUAUCUUGAUGUAACAUAUCCUCCAGAGAAUGUGUCAGUGUCCAUCAGUGGAUCAGGUGAAAUAGUUUUGGGUGAUUCAGUGACUCUGACCUGCAGCAGUGAUUCAAACCCACCUGUUCUGAACUACACCUGGUUUAAGGAGAAUGAAAGCUCAGCUGUUGGAUCUGGACAGAGUUACAGUGCACUACAGAGUGGAUUCUUCUACUGUGUGGCUCAGAAUCAACAUGGAUCUGAGAGAUCAGCUGCUCUAUCAGUCUCUGUUACAGGGGUUCAGACUGCUGCUCUCUAUACAGUUUCUGGGAUUGUGGCAGGAUGUGGAGGAUUGUUCCUCAUCAUUGUCAUCAUCAUCAUCAUCAUCAUUUUGUUUAUGAGGAAGAAGAGGAGAGAUGGUGGAGCUGAAGUCAUGAGGCAAAAUCAGGAGAAUCGCAGCUCAGCAGGAGCAGAUCCAACCAAUGACCUUCCAAUUUCUCCACAAUUAUCGACCAAUCAGAGUGAUGGUCUUUAUGCCUGCAUUGCACAUAAGAAACCCAACAGUUCCAGAAAUGCACAAACAGCUGCAGGAGAUGUUGACAGUGUUCAAUAUGCCAGUGUUCAAUACUUGAAAAACAAAGAGAAGAAAAAGACUGAAGACAAGGACAUCAACUUUGAAAUGUCUCAUUCCUCUGAUCCCAGCAGUUCAGUGGAUGUGAUCUACAGCUCUGUCAAAUGAUCAACUAACAGAACAGUUCAAGUUUGAUCUCUUGAUUCUUUUUGCAGUUCAUUCAUUUUAGAAAUAUUUUAGAUCAAGCUUUAGAUUUCUGACUGAGUUAAAUUCGAAAAAUCCAAAACUCAGCUGGAAUAUCAUUUCAUUUAAUUAAGUUCUUUACGACUGAAAGUUCACAGCCAUAGGCACAUCAGUAGUUUUUGUUAGUCUUUAUUUUGUCCAUUUAUAACUCAGUUAGUGUUGUACUGUAAUAGAAAUUAUAAUGUUCUAUAUAACAAUAGCUGUAUUCACCAGUUAACUCUUAGAUGAUCUGAUACAUGUGCUUUAAUGCACAAUUAUUUCAAGAAUAAGUCUGUUCUACUGAUUUCAUUCAUUGUCUUUUUAUCUCACUAUUUAUGAGAUUGCUGUUGAAGAGAUUAGAUGUUCAGCUAAUGUGUUUGUUAAUACUAGAGACUAAUACUGAUCGUCACCUUUUGCUUUUUGUUAUCUUCCAAACUGUUUAAAUAUUGCGAGCAAUGAUUUAUUUGAAAUUUUUUAUUAUUUGCCUUAUGACCUUGACUGUGCUUUUUUUCAGUUCUGAGCAGAUUAAUAGAAAUUUCAGUGUGACAUUUUAUUUAUUUUUUUUUACUAUUAAAACAUGCAUCUGAUGACUCAAAAA